ACUUUUUUUCCCUUCUUUAGAAAACUUCCUGUCUGUCUUUCUGACUUGAUCUACAAUGAGUGCCAAGUCUGCCAUCAGCAAGGAAAUUUUUGCCCCUCUUGAUGAGAGGAUGCUGGGAGCUGUCCAAGUCAAGAGGAGGACAAAGAAAAAGAUUCCUUUCUUAGCAACUGGGGGCCAAGGCGAAUAUUUAACCUAUAUCUGCCUGUCGGUGACAAACAAGAAGCCCACCCAGGCAUCUAUCACGAAGGUCAAACAGUUUGAAGGCUCGGCGUCGUUUGUGCGCCGGUCACAGUGGAUGCUCGAGCAGCUUCGUCAGGUGAAUGGCAUUGAUCCUAAUCGGGAUUCUGCAGAGUUUGAUUUGUUGUUUGAAAAUGCUUUUGACCAGUGGGUAGCCAGCACAGCCUCAGAAAAAUGCACCUUCUUCCAGAUCCUCCACCAUACCUGCCAGAGGUACCUCACGGACAGGAAGCCAGAAUUUAUUAACUGCCAAUCCAAGAUCAUGGGAGGUAAAUGGACACCCUUAUACUUUA